AUGCUGGUUUUAACCUCUGGCGGUGCGAUCCUCGAUGAGUCCAAGCCACUGAUGCAACAGCUCACUGGAGACGAAAUUACGUAUGCUGAUCAGCACGUGGGUGCGGGCCAAGCAGCUGUAAGCCUGCUUCGUGCUUUGGCUGAGUGGCCACGACACCGAUUGUGUGUGGCAGACAUGGCCGCAACUGAUGCAAUUUGCUCCUUGACCGUAGGCGAUGAUUUCAAUUUGAGUCUGGAUGGGGCCAUGCUGCCAAACGCAAUGCAGACGUUGACCUUUGGCGACUGCUUCAACGAAAGCCUCGCGCACAUAGCCUUGCCAAGCAGCGUGCUGACGCUGACCUUUGGUAGCCGAUUUAACCGAAGCCUUUCGGCCGUCUCGCUACCUGCAAGCCUGCAGGCGCUGACCUUCGGCCGAGAUUUCGAUCAACGUCUGGACGGUGUGGUGCUGCCCAGCGGUCUCCAGACUUUGACCUUCGGCGACCGGUUCAACCAGAGUCUAGAAGGUUGCACGCUUCCAAGUCAGCUUCAAACUUUGACCUUCGGCUGGGCAUUCAACCAGAGCCUGGACGGAGUCCUUCUUCCGAGCAGCUUGAGGACGUUGACUUUUGGUCAUAACUUUGACCAGAGCCUGGAAGGGCUUUCUCUGCCCAGCAGCUUGGAAACUUUGACCUUCGGGCGCGA